UGUCUUGUAAAGAAAAGAUAGAUAGGCACGUCGAGAAAGGGGGAAAAGGAACUCAUAGUAGUUUUUGGACAAAAAUGGCUACUUCGGAUUCUCCAAACACUUCAGCUGGAUCUGAUAUUGAAACAAACCCUAAUCCUAAUUCUUCAAAAGCCAUAAUCCUAACACCAUCCAAUUCCAAUUCCCCUGCCGUAUGCCUCUUCCAAUUCGCAGGAGACUCCGCCGCCGGUGCCUUCAUGGGCUCCAUCUUUGGCUACGGGUCAGGAUUGAUUAAAAAGAAAGGCUUUAAAGGAUCCUUUGUGGAGGCAGGAUCUUACGCCAAGACAUUUGCAGUUUUGUCCGGCGUUCACAGUUUGGUUGUUUGCUUUUUGAAGAGGCUUCGGGGAAAAGAUGAUGUUAUUAAUGCCGGUGUAGCCGGAUGCUGCACUGGACUUGCUCUAAGUUUCCCAGGUGCACCUCAGGCACUUCUACAGAGCUGUCUCACCUUUGGGGCAUUCUCAUUUAUCAUCGAAGGGCUUAACAAGCAGCAGCCAGCAUUGGCACAUUCAUUUUCUGCGAGAAACAAGAGUGCACACCACAAGGGACCUCGUCCUUUAGCACUACCCCUUUCUAUCCCUAUUCCGGAUGAGCUGAAAGGAGCUUUUUCUUCGUUCUGCAAGUCCUUGGUAAAACCAAAUAAAGGUAGGUUUCCUACAGGUAACUAAGUAGUAGGUGGACCAUUUUUCAUUUUUCCUGUUGUUUGUAGAAUUUUGCAAGUGUUGAGAAUGUAGACUGAAAGUUUUGUCUGAGAUUUGAAGCUUUUUACAAGCAGAAAGAUGAAAUUGCUUCUUUUCUUGUGUUGAUUCAA